AUGGCACGUUCCAGAAAUCGGAGUGCGGAUGGUCGCUCUCAAGGAGACUCUGAAGCUCUCGCACUUUCUCCUCAGAAAGGCUCAGAGAGAGUCAAGCGUCAUUCGUACUCACCUGUCCUCGAUCGCUUGUCCUCCGAAAGUGAAAGACAAGAUCCUGAACCAGAUGCUGACGCUGCUUCGGACAAUGUAGCUACACCACCACCUGCACCCGUUGCCAAUGGCACGCCUGUCUCUGCAUCUCCCCCCAGCAGCAAGCCCAGUUCGCCCUUCGUUGAACGCAGUAACCCAAUGGGAGCUGGAAACGCUCAGACUGUGAGCUCGAAGGACCCCAAGGCUGUUGCUCAGGCUGCUACGGAUAUGAAGAAUGUCGUUCGCCGGAAGCUGACCGGCUACGUUGGUUUUGCCAAUCUGCCCAACCAAUGGCACCGUAAGAGUGUCCGCAAGGGUUUCAACUUCAAUGUGAUGGUGGUUGGUGAGUCCGGUCUCGGAAAGUCGACCCUCGUGAACACACUCUUCAACGCCUCCCUCUACCCCCCCAAGGAACGUACUGGCCCUAGCCACGACAUUAUCCCCAAGACCGUUUCCAUUCAAUCGAUCAGCUCCGACAUUGAAGAGAACGGUGUUCGUCUCCGUCUGACUGUGGUUGACACACCCGGAUUCGGUGACUUCGUCAACAACGACGAUUCGUGGCGCCCGAUUGUGGAGAACAUUGAACAGAGAUACGAUGCCUACCUCGAGGCUGAGAACAAGGUCAACCGAACCAACAUUGUCGACAACCGUAUCCACGCCUGUGUCUACUUCAUUCAGCCUACCGGCCACUCUUUGAAGCCUCUCGAUAUCGAGGUUAUGCGCAGAUUGCACACCAAGGUCAACCUGAUCCCCGUGAUCGCCAAGGCUGACACCUUGACGGAUGAGGAGAUUGCUGCUUUCAAGCAGAGGAUCCUUGCCGAUAUCCAGCACCACUCUAUUCAGAUCUUCGAGGGCCCCCGCUACGAGCUUGACGACGAAGAAACUAUUGCCGAGAACCAGGAGAUCAUGUCCAAGGUCCCCUUUGCCGUUGUUGGUGCCAAUGCCGAGGUUACGACCCCCGACGGCCGUAAAGUGCGCGGCAGAAGCUACCCCUGGGGUAUCAUCGAGGUCGACAACGAGGAACACUGCGACUUUGUUAAGCUGCGCCAGAUGCUGAUCCGCACCCACAUGGAAGAGCUCAAGGAACACACCAAUAACUCUCUGUACGAGAACUACCGCUCCGACAAGCUUACCCAGAUGGGUGUGGCCCAGGACCCAAGCGUUUUCAAGGAGGUCAACCCGGCGGUCAAGCAGGAAGAGGAACGCGCUCUCCACGAGCAGAAGCUCGCCAAGAUGGAGGCGGAGAUGAAGAUGGUCUUCCAGCAGAAGGUCGCAGAGAAGGAAAGCAAGCUGAAACAGAGCGAAGACGAACUAUACGCCCGACAUCGCGAGAUGAAGGACCAAUUGGAACGGCAACGCCUGGAAUUGGAAGAGAAGAAGACUCGCCUCGAGACCGGGAGGCCGAUCGAAGAAAAGGGGAAGCGAAAGGGAUUUUCUCUCCGUUAG